UCAGGUGAAAAACAGUUUUCAGUAAAGAUCUCUGUUAUUAACCAUCGUUUUUCCCCUUUUCUUUUCACUCCAGUUUCUCUGAAUUCUUGCUGUAAUAUAGAAAGGGGCUCACUUCAUUUUAGCUGAUAUUUCUAAAAGAUUUUAAGAAGCAAGAGUGUUUAUUUGAAGCGCGUUUUGAAUUCAAAAUGGACGAAGUAUUGAGUGACUUGAACUUCGAUGAAGGCAUUGCUAUGCCUGUAGCAAACCUUGAAAACAAGCAACUGGAGUUUAAGGUGGAUGGAAUGCAGAAAAACCUUGUUGUACUUAAAGAUCAAAUAGACGAAAAUAAGGACAGGGUAUAUGCUAUGAGUGAACACUUCAAAAAUGUUCAACAAGAACUCCACCAUACUCAAGAGCUUUUAAAUGCAAGGAAAAAAGAAAUUGAAACGGAGGACCACUUUCGCCAAGUUGCUGAAAGAGAAGAAGGCAGAUUGAGAAAUGAUUCUAAGCGAAUCAACAAUGAAAUCAAUGAGCUGAAGGAAAGGAAAAAUAUGUAUGAGAACAACAUAUUCAGAACCACUCAAAAGCUUGAAGACCUCAAAGGUCAAAUGAACUGGGAUCAAAAAGCUUUAGAGGCAUGGCUUGAAGAGUCAGCCAGAAAGGAUGAGGAUUCUUUAACAUUACAAAAGUACACUAGAGCUGAUGAAAGCAAAAUCAAGGAACUUUCUUUGAGAAUGGAGAGAAUGACAGAUGAUGCUGCAAAGAAGCGCAAAGCUUUGGAACAUGAGCUGACACAAACAAUGACAGCACAGAUUGAAAUGGAUAAAACAGCAGAGGAGUUCCGUAAAGCACAUAUCGAUAGACAAGAGCUGUUGAAACAGUGGGAAAGCACAAUAGAACAAAUGCAGAAGAGAGACAGAGAAAUGGAUAUUCUUGCUGUGAGGCUUGCAGAAGUGAAGCUAGAAGUUCGAGACAAAGAACAGCAAAUUCUUGAAAAACAACUGAAUUCUCUGAAAUACACAGUAGACAGGACAGCUAAAGACUUAGAUGCAACGAGACAAAAAGCUGUUUCACUGAAAAACGAAGCUCUUACCAGACUAGAGAGGUUGGAGAAAGCUCAAAAAGGACGCUAUGACCUUAUCGAACAGCUCAAAAUAGCUUCAAAUGAGACAUUAUCAGCAGAAGAGAGAGCACAGAUGAUGGAUGUUCUGCUAAAAGAUGAAGAAGCCAAGAUCCACGCCAUAGAACAAUUACUAACUAGGCUUCGUGAAACACAGUUCAAGAAGACAGAAGAACUACACAGGUGUAAAGUCCUUGAGAAAAAUACUACUGCCGAAAUACAGGGCUCAAGAGCUGCCAGUCGUAACCUCAGUAGUAAACUGCACAAACUCGACCAAGAGUCACUCAAACAGCAAGAAAUCAUCUACAUGCAGGAUUUUCAGCUUCAACAACUUGAACGCAAGAUUAACAGACUCCAAGGAGAACGAAGCAAUGAAGAGAAACUGCAACUGGAGGCUAAAAUACGGGAAUUGAAUGAGCAAAUGGAUGAACACAAUGCUACACAUACUGUGUUGUCUUCACAGAUGAAGAACCUUGGCGAUGAUUUAAGACGUGCUAAACGUGACCUUGCUAAAGGAAAAGAAGAACUGAGCACUCUUAACACUAAGAUAGGUGAAUUAAACCUUCAUAACGACAGCGCUGAAAGAGAACGCAAAAAGAUUAUUGGCUCAAAACAGGAACUUAUGGUUGACGAGAAUAUCUUGAAACUAGAGAUCAAGAGACUUCGUACCACACUGAGUAAGAAAGCUGACCACGUAUUGAGUCUAGAAUCAAGAAAACUACAGCUUGAAACGUCGAUGAAAGAACGCCGGCAUGAGAUUGCAAUUCAUAAAGACAUGUUGAGAGCACAGAUCAAAGCAGCAGAAGAAGAACGACAAACUGUUAGUGCUGAACUUCAAGAAAGAAUCUCCAAGAUUGAAAAACUACGAAAACGAUACGAGAUUCUGAUGGUGUCUAUGGCGCCACCAGAAGGAGAAGAAGAAAGAUCACAGGCAUAUUAUGUCAUCAAGGCAGCACAAGAGAAAGAAGAGUUGCAGAGAACGGGAGACGAACUUGAUGCUAAGAUCAGGAAARCUGAGAAAGAAAUCAGAGCUUUGGAAAAUACUCUUCGACUUAUGAACAAUCGAAACGAGACCUACCGAAAGAGCUUCAACGAGGUCAAUGAAUCGAGCGAUGAAUUUGAGGAGAAACAACGUCUAGAAGAGCAAAUGCGCGCGGUUAUGGAUAAAUAUAAAUACAAACGACGACAGAUUAGAGAAUUACAAGAAGACCUCGCCGCCAUGCAGACAACUUUCGACAAACUAGAGACUGAUGAACAAACGUUUGUUGAAGUCAUCGACGAAAAACAAACCCGAACGAACAAUCUCCAGAAAGAACUAGACGACCAGAAGAACAAGAAGGAUCGAGCUGCAAGACAGAUAUCCAAGAUGGCGCGUGACGUGCGCAGUGCUAAGAAGUCACGCGGUGAACUACACGACGAGAAGGACAUGGACCUACGGGAGUUGAGGGAUUUUAACUCUCGUGUCAUGAAGCAAAUGGGUGAAGUAUUACACAAUAAUGCCGAGUUAACGCCUAGUGUACAGAUGUACUUCAGUCAGGCUGGAUUACCUAUGCCUCCCUCGCCUGUUCCUGGAACCUCACGUGCUGAUUCUUCAAGGAGCUCAAGAUCCUCUGGGUCCCUAUCGUCAGCAAGGUCUGAUGUUUCUGUUGGUAGUCGUCGUGGUGUUGGCACAGUAAAUAUUACCGGUUUAUCAAUCACUGGCUCUGCUAGUCCUAAACCAGGGGUUUCUCCGACCAGUAGCGCCCGCGACAGAACCUCGCGUAGACCAGAAUCCAUAGGAUCCCGCGGGUCGUCUCGAACAGGGAGCGCUGCCAGUCGACGAAGCACUGAUCGUUAAAUGAGAAUUGAACCACCCUAUAGUGUAGUGCGAGACUUAUUUAUUGUGGUCUUUGUUUAGUUUUGACUUAUGUACAUACUCGAUUGUAAUUAGUAUUAUCGGUUUUCACAGGUUUUUUUUUUUCUUUUUUGAAUGAACAAGAUGUUGUUGUAAACUGCGCUCAAGCCGCAAAUCACUAAAUGAAAUAUUUAUUACGUAUCGCGCGCUACUCAAUCAAGUCAGCGUUCACCAUCAAUUUUUGGAUGCGCGCUAAAUAACCAAUGAGGAGCGCGCGUUAUGUCGUUGCUAUGUUUAUAAUAAACCUGUAACAUAACAGUGUA